AUGGAUGACGGGACCCCGUCCGCUGGACGAACCAACCCUCAACCCGCUGAGAAUGCCUCGCAACCCGUGCUCCCCGACGACGAGGAGUCGUUGACGGCCGCCGAGUCUGACGCCGUCCUCGAGGAGAGCAUGUCUUCCAAUGCCUCUCGCGAUCAAGACACGCACGCCGCGGGCUACACACCCGGCCACACGUACGGCACCGCCCCGAAGCCCAUCGACGGCGACCCCAAGACCACCACCACUACCACCACCCCGCCGCGCGCCCUCGCCCCGGACCUCCUCCGCGGCCUCCUCAUGGCCUUCAUGGCCAUGGACCACAACGUCAUCGGCCUCAACUCGUGGCCGCACAGCACCGGCCCGGACCCGAUGGAGUCCGACUCGGCGCCCGUCCUCCGCUGGAACCGGCCGCUGGGCUACGCCGUCCGCACGCUCUCCCACCUCUGCGCGCCGGGCUUCACCUUGCUGCUCGGCGUCGGCGUCGUCUACUUCGCCCGCUCGCGCUCCCGGAUGGGCUGGUCCGCGGCCCGGAUGGCGCGGCACUUCGCCGCGCGCGCCGCCGUGCUGACGGCCGUGUCGGUGGUCAUGGGGUUCGUGCUGACGCAGGGCCAGUUCUGGUUCAUGAACAUCGUCCUCGUGGCCCUGGCCGUGGACUACCUCCUCGUCGGGCUGCUGUGGCUCGGCAUCGCCGAGACGGAGCCGCUGCUGGCCUCGGCGGUCGACCGCUGGGCCGGCUCCGGUGAUGCGCCGGCCGAAGGGACGCCUCUGCUGGGCCGUCGGUCCAAGUCCGCGGAUGGCGGCGCAUCGGCUCGCGCGCAGUCGCUGUCGUGGCAUGUCCAUAACGUCCUCCUCCUCGUGCUCGCCUUCGCCACCAUCUGGUGGAACCACUGGCUCUCCCCGACCCACGGCGUCUGCGCGACGUCGACAUCGCCAUCACCUACUGUCUCCUCCUCGACGACGGCCUCCGACUUCUGGCGCUUCUGGUUUUACGAGGUCUCCUCCCCACGCGUCCUCUCGGGCUUCCCGCCCCUCGCCUGGCUCUCCUUCGCCGUGCUCGGUCUGCUCUACGCCCGCGUCGUGAUUAAGGCCCGCCACCUCCCGCCAACGACGCUGGCCGCCGGUCACUUCGCAGCAAGCCUCGCCUUCGCCGUCCUCUUCGUCCUCACGCGCGUCCUGCGCGUCGGGAACCUCUCCGAGGGGUGCCUGCGGACGCCCGACCAGGCGGCGCGCCCCGACGCGAACCCGUACCUCGUCUCGGCGGCGUCCUUCUUCUACGUCGUCAAGUACCCGCCCGACUUCGCCUUCUUCGCGUACACCCUCGCCGCUAUCUUCUUCCUGCUGGGCGUGCUCGGCCUGAUCCCCGGGCGUGUGGCGACGGGGCGGCUGGGGCCUCUCUUGGCCUUCGGCACGUCGGCGCUGUUCUUUUACGUCGUGCACUUGGUGGUGCUGUUUGGCCUGAGCAUCCUGGUGACGGUGAGGCUCUUCGGGCACGACAACGGGCUGCCGCCGCAGAUGCCAGGGAGGCCGGCCGUGGGCGUCGACAACGUCGUGGUGUGGUGGGCGAACUGGACGGUGGCGAUGGGCGUCAUGUAUCCGUUGUGUAGGUGGUACAGCGCGUUUAAGAAGACGAGGAGCGCGGACUCGGUGUGGAGGUUCUUUUAG